AUGAACGUUAUCCGUUCCAAACUAAACGAUAUCCGGGACCGUCUGGCCCCCAUCUCAAACGUCUCUACCUUCAGAAAUACCGGCCAAGUGACGCCUGAAGAGUUCGUGCGCGCCGGAGAUUACCUCGUCUACAAGUUCCCUACCUGGUCGUGGUCCGCCGCGUCGUCGCCGUCAAAACGAGUCUCCUACUUGCCGGAGGAGAAGCAGUUCCUCGUCACCCGCGGGGUACCAUGUAACCGCCGACUAGACGAGAACUUCGCUGGCAAGGCUGCGGAUAUCAUAAUACAAGGCGAACUGGGAGAGUCUUCUGGCGCAGGCGGAGACGGUGAUGACGACGGGUGGUUAAAUACAGGUGGCGAUGAGGGCGCCGGUGAGACGCAUGCAAAGGACGUCAGGACAGUGGAUGACUCGGGGAACGUAGCUGAGAAAGAAGAAGAGGAUGAAGAGAUUCCUGAUAUGGACGAUGAAGAGGACGAUGAGGAAGCUAUCAUUCGAGAACCAGCUCAGAAGGGCGGGAAGAAUGCUCCCCUGCGAACAUACUCACUUUACAUAACUUAUACCCCAUACUACAAGACCCCUCGCCUCUAUCUAUCCGGCUACGCCGCCGUAUCAGAACCACUGCCUCCCCACCUGAUGAUGGAGGAUAUAGUAGGCGACUAUAAGGACAAGACAGUCACGCUAGAAGACUUCCCCUUUUUCGACGGGGGUGUGAAGAUGGCUAGCGUCCACCCUUGCAAGCACGCAAGUGUGAUGAAAGUCCUGCUCGACCGUGCCGAUGCUGCGCUGAAAAUCCGUCGUGAGAAACAGUCGAAGCGCUCCAAGGAGGGCAAGGACAAGGUUGAAGCUGGCCUAGAGGGCCUUGUGGAUGAUACGGAGAAACUGAAGGUCUCUGGCGAAGAUAAGUCUAAGGGUGGGAGCAGUAGUGCGGGAGACGAGUGGGAGGUGCUAGAGCAUGAAGGGGAUGAUGAGGCAGACCAAGAGGUUGCGAUCCGGGUUGAUCAGUACCUGGUUGUUUUCCUCAAGUUCAUCGCCAGCGUCACGCCGGGCAUCGAACACGAUUUCACCAUGGGAGUUUAG